AUGGAUACUAUCGACGUCGAACAGUAUACUUACAAUCAUGAAGAAGUUCUCAACAAGAAAAAGAAGUUUAGGAUUCGUCUUGCAAUAGCUUUCACAAUUGUGUUGAUCUUACUCGGUCUUACUAGUCUCGGAAUUUUCUUUGCUGUUAAUUUGAAUACCAAAGCAGAACCUCAAUAUCCCGAACAACUUAAUCCUCAGUCUCCAGUUGUUCAAGAUUUAGAUCAAAAUGAAGCUCCAGUUCUUGAUGUUGAAGAAACCCCUUUAAACCAAAAAGAUCCAGUUCUAGGUUUAGAGAAGUUUGAUGCUCCUAAAAGGACGGCGAAUAAAGUUUACAAAAUUAAAAGAGGGAGACCAUCAGCUCCAGUAUUAAGGACACCAAAAGAACCUAAAGUAAAUACACCAGUUCAACCAAGAGUAAAUACUCCAAAAGAACCAAAAAUAAAUACUCCAGUUGAACCAAAAGAAAAUAGUCCAGUUGAACCAAAAGAAAAUAGUCCAGUUGAACCAAAAAUAAAUACUCCAGUUGAACCAAAAGAAAAUAGUCCAGUUGAACCAAAAGUAAAUACUCCAAUCGCCCCUAAAUUAAAGAAACUAACAGAUUACGUAAAACCUUUAGAAAAAAAACCUACGUAUAAAAAACCAUUAAUCGAAGAACUUCGUGAACAUAUGGAACAAAAGAAUGUAAAAGAAUUGAAUAAAACUUUCGAAGAAUGUGGUGAUAUUAGAUGCCCAUUUGGGGGUUCUAAUGUUGUCUACGAAUGGGAACUCGAAUACAUCACUGAAGCAUUAAAAGACUUUUCACCUAUAAACGUGGAAAAAGAACUUGAAACAAUUUUGAAGUAUCGCGAGUUUCGUUAUAAAUACUCGAAGUUUUACACAGUAAAAAGAAAUUAUAUGAACAGCUACCUCAACUUCAGACAAAACAGAGCAAAGAUAGAGAAUCAUAACAAAGAUCCAAAAAGAUUGUACAAUAUGGAAUAUACCUAUUUCGCUGACACUCCUGGAAGCAUGUCAUCGUCAGCACCAGGAGCAAAUCCAUCUGAUGUUUUCUCAUCAAAAACAGCAGAUUUGAAGUUGGAUUUGACUGACCAAGAAAUCCACGUUGAUUGGAGGGAAAGUGGAUUCGUAAAUGAAGUUGUUAAUCAGGGCUCUUGUGGCUCUUGCUGGGCAAUCGCUAGUGAAGAUAUAUUCAGCACAUUUAAAUCCAUAAAGAAAAAUAAGCUAAUGAAGUUUAGCUCCCAACAAUUAGUUGAUUGUGUAUCACCAUUGUACACUUGUGAAAAGGGUGGUGUUCACAGAAAAGGUCUACAAUAUAUUAAAGAUAAUGAAAUGUGCACUCAAGAGGAAUAUCCUUACAUGAACAAAAAGAACAAGUGUACAUCAUACAAGUGCGAACAUAAAUCCGACGUUAAGGAUAUUGUGAGUUUGCAUCAGAAUGAUGCUCUGGAGCAUCUUAAAAAGAAUGGACCCUUUCUUACACUGUUCCGUGUAUCACUUGACUUCCUCCUAUAUAAAGAUGGAAUAUUUAAUGGAAGCUGUAUGGGAAAAGAAGCACAUUCAAUUGUUGUAGUGGGACAUGGCUAUGACAAGGUUAAAAAGGUCAACUAUUGGAUAGUGAAGAACUCCUGGGGAAAGGAGUUUGGAGAGCAGGGGUAUUUUAGAAUUCUAGAUGCACCAAAUUCUCCAGUAGAUAAUGCAAACAAGUACUGUGAUUUCCUUUUGCAUUCCUUUGGAAUCGUUUAA